AUGGCUCCGACUCGAAGUUUCGUGAGAUUUUUGAAUACGAAAACUAUUAUUACUGUCAUUAAUAACAAUAUUUCUAAAGCACCGUGCCGUUUAUUUCAUAAGUGCAAUACUUGCCAUAAUAAUUUGAGUGGUUCAGUAGUAUCUAUUACUUCACGAAAUAAUAAAUUAAAUUAUAACUUCGUCGGGUCAAAACACCGAUUUUUUCACACCACACAAAGUUUAAAUGCUCGCGUUGACUACUAUAAAGUUCUGGGAGUUCCAAAGAAUGCUUCAGCCAAAGAUAUAAAAAAAGCAUAUUAUCAACUUGCUAAAAAAUAUCAUCCGGACGCAAAUAAAUCAGAUCCCGAAGCUCCGAAGAAGUUUCAGGAAGUAUCUGAAGCAUAUGAGAUUCUCUCGGAUGAAAAUAAACGUAAACAAUAUGAUACAUAUGGUACAACUACAGAACAAAUGGGCAUGGGCGGUGGGCCAAGUGGAUCUGAUGGAUUUACUCAUCAGUGGCAAUAUAAAUCUACCAUAGAUCCUGAGGAGUUGUUCCGCAAGAUAUUUGGUGAUGCUGGUUUUAAAAGUGAGACAUUCAGUGAUUUUGCUGAGAGUCAAUUUGGUUUUGGUUCAGCUCAAGAGGUUAUAGUAAAUCUGCGAUUCACUGAAGCAGCACGUGGUGUAAACAAAGAAAUAAAUUUAAAUGUUGUUGACACUUGCCCCAAAUGCCAGGGAUCUAGAUGUGAGCCUGGAACUAAAUCAAUUAAGUGUACAUAUUGCAAUGGCUCUGGAAUGGAAACUUUCUCUAGAGGUCCAUUUGUGAUGCGUUCCACUUGUCGACAUUGUCAUGGGACAAGAAUGCUUAUUAAAUUUCCAUGUGUUGAAUGUGAAGGAAAGGGUCAAUCGGUGCAACGCAAAAAGGUAACAGUUCCUGUGCCCGCGGGAGUUGAGAAUGGACAGACUGUGCGUAUGGCUGUUGGGAACAAUGAGGUGUUUGUAACCUUUAAGGUAGAAGAGUCAAAUUACUUCAAACGAGAUGGCCCUGACGUUCACACAGAUUGCACAAUUUCUGUAUCCCAGGCAGUAUUAGGUGGCACUGUUAGGAUACAAGGCUUAUAUGAAGAUCAUACACUACAGAUAACGCCGGGCACAUCGUCACACAGUACAAUACGCUUGUCGCGGAAAGGAAUGAAAAGGGUUAGCCAGCAUGGCUAUGGAGACCACUAUGUUCACAUAAAAAUUCAGGUACCAAAAACUUUGAGUGAGAAGCAAAAGGCGCUUAUGUACGCAUACGCCGAAUUGGAGGAAGACACCCCGGGCCAGAUACAUGGGGUCUCAUAUGACAGAGAUGGAAAGAAAAUUUCGAUAUCGGAGCAUCAAAAUCUAGUGGAUGCUGUUAAGGAAGCUCUGAAAGCAAAGAAAAACAUUGAUGACCCAUCUCCGGAUACACCUGAAGAUGAUGUCCUCAAAGAAUCUAAAAGAAGCAAGGGAUAA